AUGGUUGUGUCCGACUUCAUCCGCAUGCAGCAACCGACGGUCACCAGUGAAGAGAACACUUUCCAGCACAAGCUGAAGGACAAAGUCCGAAAGAUCGUGACAGGGCGAAUCGUGUCGAACUUCAUGGCGGGUGUCGUGCUCUUCGAUGCGUUUUGCACCUGCUCCGACGUAGAUGCCCGAGCUGCCGGGCUGGAGACUCCACAGUGGAUGCUAAUAGUAUCAGAUUUCUGCUUAGCGUUGUACACCCUCGAGCUGGCGCUCCUUCUGUAUGUGCAAGGAAGGCAGCUUCUGCGUGACUGGAUGGUCAUACUGGACAUUGUGAUCAUCUUCUGCGGCUAUGCAGAGUUGCUUCUGAAUCUCUUCGCCCCGGGCGAUCUCAUUGCGAGCUUUAGCAUGCUUCGAGUCUUGCGCUUGGCGCGAAUUAUUCGCCUGAUGCGGCUACUUCGGAGGACUCGCGCCCUGCGCGAGCUCCAGAAGCUCGUGACGAUGAUGGCGACGUGCUUGAAGGCGCUUGGUUGGUCUUUCAUCUUCUGCUUUGUGAUCAUGACCAUCUGGGCCAUGCUCUUGGUGGAAAUAGUCCACCCGAUCAUGAAGGAGAUGCGGCUCGCCGAGGUGGCCUUUCAGGAUUGCGAGACGUGCCUGAAAGCGACCUCUUCCGUCAUGGACUCGAACCUGCUUCUAUUUCAGACAGUCAUCGCAGGGGACAGUUGGGGCGACAUUGCUGUGCCCGUGAUCGAGUACUCUCCGGGAACGGCAAUUAUCUUCGUAG